AUGGGCGACUCAAUGCCCGGGGCCGUUGACGACCAGGGCCAGGCUGCCCCAGGUCGUCUGCUGCUCCUCUCCAACCGCCUGCCCAUCACAAUCAAGCGCUCAGAAGAUGCGAGCUACUCCUUCUCCAUGUCUUCAGGCGGCCUUGUCACGGGCCUCAGCGGCCUCGGCAAGACAACCAGCUUUCAAUGGUACGGCUGGCCUGGCCUCGAGGUCCCCGACAACGACGUCGAGGGCAUGAAGAAGCGCCUCAGCGACGAGUACGGCGCCCACCCUGUCUUCAUCGACGACGAACUCGCCGAUAGACACUACAACGGCUUUUCCAACUCCAUCCUGUGGCCCCUCUUCCACUACCAUCCCGGCGAAAUCACCUUUGACGAGUCUGCCUGGGCAGCGUACCAGGAAGUCAACCGCCUCUUCGCCAAGACCGUCAUCAAGGAUGUCCAAGACGGCGACUUGAUCUGGGUCCAUGAUUACCAUCUUAUGCUGCUGCCUCAGAUGUUACGCGAGGAGAUUGGCGACUCCAAGAAGAACAUCAAAAUUGGCUUCUUCCUCCACACCCCCUUCCCUAGCAGUGAAAUAUACCGUAUCCUGCCUGUCAGAGAACAGCUCCUCACGGGCCUCUUGGACUGCGACUUGAUUGGCUUCCACACAUACGACUACGCACGCCACUUCCUCAGCAGCUGCUCCCGCAUUCUUGGCACUUCCACCACGCCCAAUGGCGUCGAUUGGAACGGGCGCUUCGUUACCGUCGGCGCCUUCCCCAUCGGCAUCGAUCCGGAGAAGUUUGUCGACGGGCUCAAGAAACCCAAGGUUCAGGAACGCAUUGCUGCUCUCAGCCGCAAGUUCGAAGGCGUCAAGCUCAUAGUCGGCGUCGACCGCCUCGACUACAUCAAGGGCGUCCCCCAGAAGCUGCACGCCCUCGAGGUCUUUUUGACGGAGCAUCCCGAGUGGAUUGGCAAAAUCGUCCUCGUACAAGUCGCCGUUCCCUCGCGUCAAGACGUCGAGGAGUACCAAAACCUGCGCGCCGUCGUCAACGAGCUUGUCGGCCGCAUCAACGGCAAAUUCGGCACGAUAGAGUUCAUGCCCAUCCACUUCCUCCACCAAUCUGUUCCCUUUGAGGAGCUCACCGCCCUCUACGCCGUCUCCGACGUGUGCUUCGUGUCCUCGACACGCGAUGGCAUGAACCUCGUCUCGUACGAGUACAUUGCCACGCAGCAUGACAACCACGGCGUCAUGAUUCUUAGCGAAUUCACCGGCGCGGCGCAGUCUCUCAACGGCAGCAUCAUCGUCAACCCGUGGAACACGGAGGAGCUGGCCAACGCGCUCCAUGACGCCGUCACUAUGAGUCCUGAGCAGCGCGCCAUAAACUACAACAAGCUUGAGCGCUACGUCUUUAAGUACACCAGCGCGUGGUGGGGCGCCAGCUUCGUCGGCGAGAUGACGCGCCUCAGCAACGAGAGCUCGCGGCCCAAGGCCCUACGCAACGUGUCUGGCGCCGUGAUUGGAGGGGGCCAGACGUUGGAGAAAGCCACCGAAGCGGCGGAGAAGCCUGUUGUUGGCGGCAAAGACAAGGUUGGCGUGGAUGGAGCAAUGACGCCCGAGAAGGCACUGUGA